AUGGCUGAUAGUGACGAUGCGGCUGCAAUCGGAAAUCCGACAGGUACCAUCGAAGUCGAUGAAGAGGAGAUAGAUAAGCCCGCAGUUUCAUACCUUUCGGCCACCUCAGUUGCGUCUGAAGUCCACAAGUACAGAGUUGAGAAUGGUCGACAGUAUCAUGGCUACCGUGAUGGGGCAUAUCUCCCAAUGACAGACGAGAGCAGGAGCGAACAUAGGUUGUUUCGGCUAGUGUUAGAGGGGAGACUAUAUCUCUCUCCGCUCACUAAGGACCCGAGGAAAGUUCUCGAUUUGGGCACGGGAACGGGAUCAUGGGCAUUGGAUUUUGCACAGUGCCCACGCAACUGUAUAUUCGAAAUAGACGAUUUCGAAGCCGAAUGGCCCUACCAGCCAUUUGCCUCGUUCGAUUUUAUUCAUGCCCGCAAUAUAGCAGGGUCUGUUUCUGACUAUGACAAGCUUUUUGAUCAAGCAUUUGACCAUCUCAGCCCUGGUGGAUACCUGGAGCUACAAAGUCUAGAGGCUAAAUUCUUCUCUGACGACGGAACCGAUAAGCGGGCUGUAACCGCGACGCAGUGGCAGCAACUUCUUCUAAUAGGCAGCGAAAAGUUCGGCAAGCGGCUGGAUGUUGAGGAUGGGUGGAGGGAGAAAAUGGAAAAAGCUGGAUUUAUAGAUGUGGCGGAUGUAUCAUUUAAAGUGCCUCUUCGCCCCUGGGCAAAAGACCCAAAAUUAAGGCAACUUGGCGAAUUGCAAGCAAUCCAAAUCAAGGAAUCUAUCGAAUCAUACUCUUUAGCACUGUUCACACGUAUCUUGGGCUGGACUGUGGAUGAGCUUGAUAUAUUAUUGACGGCCGUUAGAAAUGAUUUUUCUGAUCCACGCAGUCAUUUAUACGGGAUAAUGAGAUUUAUUUAUGGAAGGAAGCCAUAA